AUGCCCGUACUCCAGAGAGCCAAUCGUGCUAUUCUCAUCUCGGGUACACCGGCACUCAACCGAGCGGCGGAACUCUACAAUAUCCUUUACUGUCUUCUCAAGAACUUUCCUAGUGAGAGUAAAUUCCAUAAUCGCUACUGUAUAAAGGAACAGCAGCACAUAGGCAGAGGUGA